GUUGCAAAGCAAUGGAUUGCCCGUGAGGUUGCUGUGACUGUUAUAGUGAUGGGAGCCGAGGUUGAAGAGGUAGCGAUGGCAAAAUUAGUAAAGGCACUCAUCAAGGCAAAGAAAAAAAACUUUCCUUUGCUCAAAAACAAAGACUGCAUUGAGAACAAGUUAUUCAGAAUGCUUGAGAUAUGA